ACGUGUUGAAUGCGGAGGGAAUACUAGAGACAGUUCUUCUUUUCAAGGACUAGUAUCAGAGUUUCAGGAAUCAAAUCAACAGAAUCCCUGAGACAGUGGAGCCUGAUCCAAAGGACAAGAACUGGAGCCGAGACAAAGAGAGCUCGUUGACAGCACACAUCAUGGGUGAGGAGGGACCCCCGAGUCUGGAGUACAUCCAGGCCAAGGACCUGUUCCCCCAAAAAGAGCUGGUGAAAGAGGACGACGGCCUACAGGUGCCGUUCCCAGUCCUGCAGGGGGAAGGGGUGGAAUAUCUGGGCCGUGCCGAUGAUGCCAUCAUAGCCAUUUCCAACUACAGACUCCACAUCAAGUUUAAAGACUCCAUCAUCAAUGUUCCUCUGAGGCUGAUAGAAAGUGUGGAGAGCAGAGACAUGUUCCAGCUGCACAUCAUCUGCAAAGACUCCAAAGUAGUCAGGUGUCACUUUUCGACGUUUAAGCAGUGCCAGGAGUGGUUGAAGCGUCUGAAUCGUGCCAUCUCUCACCCCUCACGGCUGGAGGACCUGUUUGCUUUGGCGUAUCACGCCUGGUGCCUCGGGGGCAGUGCUGAUGAUGAGGACCAACAUCUAAACCUCUGUAGACCAGGUGAGCAUGUUGUUCAGAGAACAGAGAUGGAGGUGAGGAGAAUGGGCUUCGAUAUGCAGAACGCCUGGAGACUGACUGAGAUCAACAGCAACUACAAGCUGUGUUCCAGUUACCCACAGAAGCUGCUGGUUCCAGUGUGGAUCACAGACAGGGAGCUGGAGAGUGUGGCUUCUUUCAGGUCCUGGAAGAGAAUCCCAGUGGUGGUGUACAGGCACCAGAGGAACGGUGCCGUGAUCGCCCGCUGCAGUCAGCCCGAGAUCAGUUGGUGGGGUUGGAGAAACACUGAGGAUGAAUAUUUGGUUACAUCCAUCGCUAAAGCCUGUCUGUUAGACCCGGGUCCCCGGGGCCCCGGGCCCUCUGCAACCUGCCGAACCCGCAGGGACGGGCCCGACAACUCUGACAGCGACUUCGACUCUUCUCUGACGGGGUGCCCAGGUUCAGAUGCCAACACUGCAGCACAGAAGCUGCUGAUCCUCGAUGCCCGUUCUUACACGGCGGCCGUGGCCAACCGCGCCAAGGGAGGAGGCUGUGAAUGUGAGGAGUACUAUCCUAACUGUGAGGUGAUGUUUAUGGGUAUGGCCAAUAUCCACUCCAUCAGAAACAGUUUCCAGUCCCUUAGGGCUGUGUGCAGCCAGAUCCCAGACCCUGGCAAUUGGCUGUCUGCGCUGGAGAGCACCCGUUGGUUGCAGCACCUGUCCGUCAUGCUUAAGGCGGCCACUCUGGUGAGCUCUGCGGUGGAGAGGGAGGGUCGUCCAGUGCUGGUCCACUGCUCAGAUGGCUGGGACAGAACCCCUCAGAUAGUGGCUCUGGCCAAAAUUCUCCUGGACCCCUUCUACAGAACAAUAGAGGGUUUUCAGGUGCUGGUGGAGACUGAGUGGUUGGAUUACGGUCAUAAGUUUGCUGACCGUUGCGGUCACCAGGAGAAUGGAGACGACAUGAGUGAGCAGUGUCCUGUUUUCCUGCAGUGGCUAGACUGCGUCCACCAGCUCCUCAAACAGUUCCCCUGCCUGUUUGAGUUCAAUGAAGCGUUCCUGGUGAAGCUGGUGCAGCACACGUACUCCUGUCUGUACGGAACCUUCCUCUGUAAUAACGCUCGUGAGAGAGAGGCCCGAAACAUCUACAAACGCACGUGCUCGGUCUGGUCCCUGCUACGCACCGGAAACAAGAACUUCCAGAACUUUCUCUAUAUCCCCAGCCAUGAUAUGGUCCUGCAGCCAGUCUGCCACACCCGUGCACUCCAGCUGUGGACGGCCGUCUACCUGCCCACCUCCUCCCCCUGCACAGCGGCAGAGGACAACAUGGACAUCUACCUGAGUCCCUCUGCUCAAGGGGAAGAGCUUACCUUACGCUCACUCGAUAGGCUUCCGAAGACGCGAUCCAUGGACAACCUUGUUUCGGCGUGUGAGAAUGGGAUGCCCCUCACCCGCACCUCAAGUGACCCCAACCUUAACAAACACUGCCAGGAAGGACGGACAUCCCUGGAGCCAAUCACAGGCCAGGGAGGAAGCUUGAUGGACAGCCCCGAGGACACAUCCGACACUGGAUUGGGUAGCGAGGAUCCAGAGGUGGAGACAUGCGAAGAAACCCCACCUUCAACACCUCCAGAACCCAACGAGGCAGGUGGCGUGGAUGCAGGGACGGAACCUUGCCUGACCACGCAACCCAUGCCUACUCUGCCUCAUCCCCUCAUGUUGGACCAGGCUCUGUCCACAACUCAGCCCCUGCCAAUGUUACAUCAUGCUCUGCUCCAAAACACUAACCCUCCACACCCUCCCUUACAGCAGGAGGUGCUUUCCCAAACCGAAAACAGCACCUCUUCCCCUACUACGGAUGCAGGCGCGUUUGCGCAGCCGGUCUGCAACGGAUUGCCGACCCCAACGGACAAAACGCUCUUGGCAACGGCCGCCGCUGUGGAGCUGCUGUCAAUCAAACAGAUGCCCUCCGUCACUCCGUUGGAGGAUUCUACCGAGACCCUGACGGAGCACACGGAGCCCACCGGCCAACCUGAGGUGCAGCCGACCCUGUCAGCGAGUGCGAGCGGUUCCCAAGAUCCUACACCCCAAACCCAGGCCCAGGCCCAAGUUCCGGUGGCGAAAAGGACUGAAUCCAGUACGAGAUGUGGGGACCUGGUGCCGCUAAAGGAUCGCGCGGUCGCUGUAGCGACGGCGCCCCCUGGCGAGUGCGCGUGCGCGGUGCGUCGGCUCAUGCCUCAGACCCAGCUGAGCGACUUCGGCCUGUUGGGAUCGCAAUGGGAUAGCGUUCAGGGCCUGGUCCAGUCCGCGUGCGGGGGCGCCCUGCAGCACGGCGGCUACCAGGGCAAGCGACUGGCCGGAAAACUCUUCCGCGCCCAGGGAGUCGGCGGCUCUAACGGGGGCGGGCACUGUUGCCGAAGAGACGCCGUGCGGACUCCCGGUAGCCCCGUCCACCUGGGCUGGCUGUCAGCGAUGAAGAGCACGGCUCUUUACUCUUCCUCGUCGUACGGCCCUUCGUUCCGGCAACUUCUGCCGGGUGCGCACUCCUCCCCCUCGUCGGGGGGUUCCCCGCCGCCCUGGCAGGUGCAGGCGUACCAGGACGAUGACGGUUUGCCCGUUGCGGUGGAUGCGGUCCAGCAGAGGUUGAGACAGAUUGAGGCGAGUUAUAAGCAGGAGGUGGAACUGCUGAGGAUGCAGGUCAGACAGCUCCAGAUGAGACUGGAGAGUAAACAGUACCGUUCACCUCCAUCAGAGCCUGACGUAGAUUACGAGGACGACAUAACGUGUCUGAGGGAGUCUGAUGGCAGCGAUGAGGAAGACUCCCUCUCCGAUCACAGUGAGGAUCGUUUCAGUGCCGGCAGCUGGGACAGAGUGGAGAGAAAAGACACAGAGGUGACCAGAUGGGUGCCUGAUCAUAUGGCCUCUCAUUGUUUUAACUGUGACUGUGAGUUCUGGAUUGCCAAGAGACGCCAUCACUGCAGGAACUGUGGUAAUGUGUUUUGUAAAGACUGCUGCCACCUGAAGCUGCCCAUCCCAGAUCAGCAGCUCUACGACCCCGUGCUGGUGUGUAACUCCUGCCACGACCUCCUGCUGGAGAGCCGUACGCGUGAACUCCGCAGUCAGCAGCUGAAGAAGCCCAUCGCCACCGCCUCCAGCUGAGGAGCAGCCUCUCGUCCGUCUGUCCGUCCGUCCAGAGCCCGCAGCUGGCCCUCUUAAGAGCCCCCCCCCCCCAUCCCGAGGGAAAGGAAGGCCUGACAACUGUGGCAGAUGAGCUGUGUCAAACCCCCAAACCCCCCCCCCCUCCCCUUUGCCCCCUCCGCCCCUCAGAAAAACAUGCUCGUUAGUGAAAAGGAGGAAAAUUAGGAAAACUCAUAGGUCAUUGAAAGCGAAGUCUGAAGAGGGGGGGGGAAUUCUGAGACGGGACUGUUGGAAGGAGAGGGUGGUGUCAUUGGUGGAGGAGAGGAGAGAAGAGAAGUAGUGGUGGAGGUCGUCUGGAGUGGUGAAAGUCUGUGAUGUGUCGAAGACUUUGCCUGUCUGGGUGGUACCAGCGUCCUGCUGGUCCUCGGUCUUGUCCACCAGAUGGCGCUGUGUUUUAAAACAAAGCCCCUGCACUCCAGUUACUGACACUGAAAAUGGGGCAAAAACAACAACAACAACAACUGAAAUCUUCAAAAAAAAAAAAAAGAAACUGCACCUGUUCCCUUCAACCCUGUGUAUCAUCGUCAUUCAAAAGAUCUAACACACACACACACACACACACACACAUACACACACACACACACACUUCAGAGGACAAUCUUAAUCCUCCCCGCGCCCUUGUGAAGCCAGAGACAUUAAAGCCUUGUCCUUGUUCCUUCGGAGGCUUACUAUUUAACAAAAAAAAAAAAAGAAAAAAAAGAAAAUGCUGCUACAAUAUUUAAACAACAACAACAAAAAAAAAGUCUAAUUUUGUAUUCUUAUUAUUUUGUGCACUAUAAGCUGUUUUGAGGUAUAAAAAAGAAAUUUUUUUUGAGACCAAACCCAAGCGAAAGGGAGAAAACCUGCUGUUUACUUGCUGUUGUCUUUUUUUCGUGGACCGUGCGAAGCUUGACUGUGAAUGUGUGUGGUUUUGGGGGGGGGGAGGGGAGGGACAGUGGGGUUAGCUGAAAAGGCUGAUUUUUUUCAGUACUGUUUCUGUGCGUUUGGUCGGUUGUGUGCUCGUCCGUUUCUGCACUGUGCGUUUAUUAUAAUUAUUAUUAUUAUUAUUAUUAUUUUUUAAUGUGUUUCUGGAAAAAGAAAUGAAUAAAAACAGCUAGGCAACGGUAAUAUGUUAUUUGUCACAAGGGGGCGCUAAAGCAA